AUGGAGACAAUUCUUAGGAGACUCAGAAGAUCCAGUCGGAAAAAAAAAAAAAUGGUAGAAGUUGACACAGUUGACGAGGGAGAUUGGGCCCAUGCGGAGACGCUCGAUUUGGAAGGAGACACAUAUGGCUACCCCGAUAAGAAGGAAAAAAAAAGUGUUAGGAAAAACGAACUUGAAAAUGAAAAGCGACAAGACACCUCGGACGACGUUUAUACAUAUCAUGAUGAAUUGGGGGGUGGUAGUAGUCAGGCGAUGGGAAAAUAUCUCACGAGAUCCUUUUCACGAGCAAAUGGAAACGUAACAAAUGGGAGCACCGAUUUUGCGAACGAGUACUACAUAAAGAAGAAGAGAGGCGAAAGACAUGGACACACCAACGGGGGAGAGUACGAUCGUGAUAACACACUGGAAUAUGAAGUUAGCCGCAAAAAGGGUGCCACCAGACAUGCGCAUCUACAGUUUAAAAAAUAUGCAGGCGAAACGAAGGAGUUCUCGGAGGUCGAUGAAGAGGUGGAGUCUUAUCCCGAGGUGGACAUGGAUGCCAUGCAUGAGGAGCUGUCCCAGGGGGGCGUUUACGACCAGGAGGAGCAGCAUGAGUAUGUAGAGGAGGAGGAAGAAGAAGAAGAAGAGUACGCUUACAAUGAAGCCGACGUGAAAGACGAAUAUGCUGAAGAGGGGGUUGACGAAUAUGCAGAGGAAUAUGCAGAUGCAUAUGUAGAUGAAGAGGCUUACGAGGAAUUCCCUGACAAAGUAGCCGACGAAGAGGCGGACGGACCGCCUGACGAAGUGGAUGAGGAGGAACUCCCUGACGUGGACGGAGGCGCCAACUCCAUGCACCAGCGCGAAAGGCGCAAAAGUUGCAUGAACCAAGUGCAAGUCCGGCAGCAGAAGAAAACGAUGCCGGAUGAACAUGAAGGAACAAGCGUCGGAGACAGAAAAACCACAGACACACUGGAAGAAUUAGAGGGGAACGAGGAAUACGUAGAGGAAAACCUAGAAGUAUAUAACAAUGAGCAGAUAGAUGAACAAGUAGAGAUUGCACACGUUAAAGGAAAAGGCAGAUGUAUGUUUACAAGGAAAGAAUUAGAAGCAGGGAGCAUUAUAUUUGUGGAGAAACCGUUGAUAAUUAUUACCCCCGAUCUGAAUGAAGACCUAUGGACCUAUUUAAAUAAAUUGAACAAUGAAGAAUGUUUCGAGCUACCGCUCAAGUGGCAUUAUGCUGCAUUAUGCACCAUUACGACACUUAAUGAUAGUGACUUGAAGGCUUGUAUUGAUAAGUGGAUUCCUGAACCCGACAGGGAUGCAGAUGCAGAUGUAUUCAACGUGUUAAAUAAGGUGUGCGAUAAAAAGAUCGCCAAAAAUGGGAAAGUACAAUAUUUUUUUAUGAAAAAAUUGAUAGACCCGAAAAUAUACGAUAGGAUCAUACAGGUGUGGCACUACAAUGCCUUUGGCCAUCACACAGACAACGAGGGACUGGUUCUGUACAACCGCAUUUCCAUGCUCGCGCACAGCUGCAACUCGACUGCCUGCUGGCACUACGGAACCAACGACAGCUUUGUCUUGCGCGCCAGAGUGAAGCUAGCCGUGGGCGACGAGCUAACCAUAUCAUACCUCGGAGAUGACGACUUGUACAAAUCUUCCAAUAUAAGAAGAGAAAAGCUUACCAACUGGUUAUUCGUUUGCAUGUGCAGCAGAUGUACAAAUCCGAUUGAUAAGUCAAGGGGGUUCAAAUGUUCCAUGUGCGGCGUAGGGACCUUCUUCAUCAAGAGCGAGUACGAUGACGAAAUUCCCAUAGUGACCAAAUGCAGCAUCUGCGAGUCGGAAAUAUCAGAAUCCACGGCAUAUGAGUACAUCGAGUACGAGAAAAGUUACAUAGAGAGGUUGCAGGACACAGACAAAACAGAUCUCCCAGAUGCACUAGCCGUGUACGUACAGGCAGAAAAAAUAUUUACACAACACUGGAUUAUGUACCAAUUGUACACAAUUCUUUUUGAGGGGUAUAGAGACGCAUGCAAAUGGGAAAAGGCUAUAUAUUACCAAACGCAGCGAAUAAAAUAUGCUGUGGACGUCAUUCCAAGAGCAAAUUAUGUUCUGGCUUGGUUGUACGAGGAACUCGGGGAAGUUCACGCGAACUCCAUAAGCACUGAUAUUUUGCAGUCGGAAAGGGAUUUUACUAUUUCUUAUGAGGAGAAGAAGCGAAUUUGCUCGUAUUUCCUCAAGUCCAUCCAUCUGCUGGAAAUCCUCUGUGGGUAUUCCCACGACUACCUGAAGGAUUCAUUAAACAAAUACUACCGCAUUGACAGUUUAACAAGCACGGAUGCUCCGCAAAUCGAAGAAUAG